AUGAAUACAGACACAAAAAUCCAAACAAAUAUUUUUGAUACAUUUAUUCCUUUAGUUACACCGUAUUCAUCUAUCAGACCCAACAAUAUAAUGGUAGCCAGAUCAGCUGCACGUCUAAUUAGUGCCGAUUAUGACUUUUCUGACUGUCCAUUAUGUCAUAAUCCACUUCCUGUUGAAACUCACUCGUCAAAGCGUGAUCUUAUCAUUAUAUUUGCGACAUUCGAAGCACACAGAGCAGUUGUUCCCAUUAGAACCAUCAGAACGGCUGGUUGUCAAGCAAAGAUUCUUUUAAUUACAGAUGAAACUACUUCAAUUCCAUGGGAAAUACAAAGAUGUGGUGUAACAGUCGUUACAACUAAAGUUGACAAGGAGGCCAACUUAAAUGUGAAAAGAGGUAUCAGAUUCCCAUUCAUGCAAGACUUUUUGCCACUCGUCAAAGAUAAAUUUGACAGAAUACUUUACAUGGACGGUUUUGACACUGUUUUCCAAAGUGAUCCAUUCCCAGCGUUUUCGACGAAGAACACAUUGCAUUACAGUGGCGAAAACCACACAUACAGGAUCAACUACGUGCUUAGUAAUUGGCGAGAAAGAGCUCCGAAUUUCAAUGUUCCACAUUGGAUGGAUAGGGAAGUAAAAUGUAAUGGACUUAUUUUAGCGGAUUUGGAAACAAUGUGGAAGAUUUCGUAUAUGGAGAAUGCACUGUUCUAUAGAAAUGGAGAUAAUAUAUGCGAAGACCAAACAUUUUAUGAAUUCCUCAUUGAAGAAGGAAUGAUUGAAGCACACGGAAUCAAGUUGUUUAGAAAUAAAGAACUCGCUUCGAUUUUAUGGAGUAAAGAAAAAUAUACGCAUUCAAAGCUUGGUUACAUUAAACAGAUCAACACCAGCUGGUACCCUGCAAUUGUACACCAAGCUAUGAACAUUUUCGAAUGGAGAGAAUUGAUUUGGCAAUCAUGCAGAUAG